AUGUUUGGAAAUCUUCUCGAAUCGGCAUCAAGAAUAAUAUUUGCCAAAAAGCCGGCCAUGAACGUCUUGCUUCAAACAAGAACUAAGAUCAAAACUAAUAAGUCUGCUGCUAAAAGACUUAUAAGAACAAGUACUGGUCUUAAGGCAAGAUCGGGACAUAGAAAUCAUGGUAAUGGUAAAUUUACUCCUCGUUCCAUGAAUCAUUUCGAUGGUACUCAUUUGAUUUCAGAUAAAGGUCAAAAAGUCAAAAAAUUGAGUAAAUUUUUACCAUAA